AUGUCUGCCCAGAGUUACUACGGAUCUUCCUCCAACUCCAACUAUCCUCAACAGGCUCAGUAUGCCCAACAACCAAGCCAGGGCUCUCCUUACGGCCAAGGACAGGGAGCCCCUUACCAGCAGUCCUACAAUGCCCAGGCAUACCAGACCCACCCCCAGGCUCACGGCCAGCCUGAGAUGAUGGUCGGCCCCGAUGGCGAGCGAGGCCUCGGUGCGACUGUUGUCGGAGGUGGUGCCGCUGGCUGGACAGCCCACAAGGCCGGCGCCGGUAUGCUCGGCAGCCUUGCGAGCGCCGCUGCCGGUGCCAUUGGUGCCAAUUUCCUCGAGAACAAGCUCAAGAAGCAUCGCAAGGAUAAGAAGAACAAGCACUAA